AUGAUGAUAGUCGCAGAGAAGGAAGGGAUUGCAAGAGCAGAUAGAGGCCCGGUAGCGGAUUGCCCGGCUGCCUCGCCUAUUCCGCCGCUAAAUUCCCGACACCGCCGCCUCCACAAUUUCUCCUUCCCGACCCUCAGCUGGCGUGGCCAGCGCUUCCUCCGCUGCUCCAAACUCCCCAGCGGCGCCACUGUCGAACUUCCCGGAUCGGCCGAUCGCGACAACAGGACUUCCCAGAUGAAAUCUUCCCCUCCGAGGCCGUUGCCGGGGUUUCGGGAUUCGAAGGAGGGGGAAAGGAUAGGAAGCGAAGGACGGGAGGCAGAAAGGGACACCUCUUGUGCGGCGGCAGGGGCAGAGGCCACUAGGCCCUGGAAUUUGAGGACGAGAAGGGCUGCUUGUAAUGCACCAACCGAGCGGGCUCUGGCAAUGGAGAAGAUUAAUUCUCCGGUGAAGACGAUGAGGCUACGAUCAGAUGAAUCGGAGAAGGGUGAGACGAGGAAGUUCUCGAUCUCGCUUUCUCGGCCGGAGAUCGAGGAGGAUUUUUUCGCCAUCAAAGGCAGGAAACUCCCUCGGCGGCCAAAGAAAAGGGCUAAGAUUGUUCAGCGAGAACUCGAUGUAAGUGAUUCUUUCAGGGAGAACGAAAGUUUAUUCGUUGAUUUUUGA